AUGAAAGUCAUCAUUUUCUUGAUUGUGAUACUGUGCGUGCUGCACUCACAGCAGGCAGAAUCCCAGCAAAAGCCGGAGGGAGAAGAAUCCAAGCAAAAGCCGGAGGGAGAAGAAUCCAAGCAAAAGCCGGAGGGAGAAGAAUCCAAGCAAAAGCCGGAGGGAGAAGAAUCCAAGCAAAAGCCGGAGGGAGAAGAAUCCAAGCAAAAGCCGGAGGGAGAAGAAAGCAAUACUACAGCUUCUUCAAAUGGCACUUCGAGGCCCCCCAGUCACAUGGCUUUCCUCACAUUCCCGCUAAAGUGUCUUGGAUUGAUCCAGUAG